GUAGAAAGGUAGUUGGGGGCAGAUGUUAUAUGCUAAGAUGGAGUUUGGACCUGGAAGCUAUCUUUUACUCUUACUGUUAGCCUUUGGACAAAAUAUUAAGGCAAUUAGUUCAAGAGCUCGGGGCUCGACGGGCAUAAAACCUUAUUUCCCUUCAGUCGGCUUCUUUGAUCAAGGGAAAGACAUCCCUGCUCAGCUUCAGAGUGAUGGUCCUGCUGGGACCGCUUCCUUGGGUUCUCCUGCUAGUCCUGGGAGUGGCUACAAUAAAGUGUCCAAGCACCUGAACUUCCAGGGGCCAGUGAAUAAUGAUAAUGAAGACUUGCAGUCCAGAAUUGACACCAGCAUACCUUUCCAUGGCUUCACAUUACAAGCCAAGAAACCGUGGUCCCACGCACCUCCGCAGCAGGCUAGCUACCAGGUGCCCCCCAAGCCGCAGCAGCAGGCUAGCUACCAUGUGCCCCCCAAGCGGCAGCAGCAGACUAGCUACCAGGUGCCCCCCAAGCAGCAGCAAUAUGCUGGCUACCAGCCGCAGCAGCAGGCUAGCUACCAGGCGCCCCAAAAUCCGCCGCCGCAGCAGGCUAGCUACCAGGCGCCCCCAAAGCAGCAGCAGAAGGCUAGCUACCUGGUUCCCCCAAAGCAGCAGCAGGCUAGCUACCAGGCGCCCCCAAAGCCGCAGCAGCAGGCUAGCUACCAGGCGCCCCCAAAGCCGCAGCAGCAGGCUAGCUACCAGGCGCCCCCAAAGCCGCAGCAGCAGGCUAGCUACCAGGCGCCCCCGAAGCCGCAGCAGCAGGCUAGCUACCAGGCUCCCCCAAAGCCGCAGCAGCAGCAGGCUAGCUACCAGGCGCCCCCAAAGCAGCAGCAGCAGCAGGCUAGCUACCAGGCGCCCCCAAAGCAGCAGCAGCAGCAGGCUAGCUACCAGGCGCCCCCAAAGCCAGCAGCAGCAGGCUAGCUACCAGGCGCCCCCAAAGCCGCAGCAGCAGCAGGCUAGCUACCAGGCGCCCCCAAAGCAGCAGCAGCAGGCUAGCUACCAGGCGCCCCCAAAGCAGCAGCAGCAGCAGGCUAGCUACCAGGCGCCCCCAAAGCAGCAGCAGCAGCAGGCUAGCUACCAGGAGCCCCCAAAGCAGCAGCAGCAGGCUAGCUACCUGGUUCCCCCAAAGCAGCAGCAGGCUAGCUACCUGGUUCCCCCAAAGCAGCAGCAGGCUAGCUACCUGGUUCCCCCAAAGCAGCAGCAGCAGGCUAGCUACCUGGUUCCCCCAAAGCAGCAGCAGCAGGCUAGCUACCAGGCACCCCCGAAGCCGCAGCAGCAGGCUAGCUACCAGGCGCCGCCGCAGCAGCAGGCUAGCUACCAGGCGCCCCCAAAGCAGCAGCAGCAGCAGCAGGUCUACCAGGCAGCCCCUCAGCAGACUAGCUACCCGUCAACCCAUCUGUAUCAAGACUACCAGGAGCCCCUCAAGCCCCAGCUCUACAGGGUGCCCCGCAUUCAGCAGGGUUACCAGGCGCCCCCCAAGCAGACUGGUUACCAGGCGCCCCCCAAGCAGACUGGUUACCAGGCGCCCCCCAAGCAGACUGGUUACCAGGCGCCCCCCAAGCAGACUGGUUACCAGGCGCCCCCCAAGCAGACUGGUUACCAGGCGCCCCCCAAGCAGACUGGUUACCAGGCGCCCCCCAAGCAGACUGGUUACCAGGCGCCCCCCAAGCAGACUGGUUACCAGGCGCCCCCAAAGCAGACUGGUUACCAGGCACCCCCAAAGCAGACUGGUUACCUGGCGCCCCCCAAGCAGCACACUGGUUACCAGGCGCCCCCCAAGGACACUGGUUACCAGGCGCCCCCCAGGCAGCAGACUGGUUACCAGGCGCCCCAAAAGCAGCAGACUGGUUACCAGGCACCCCCCAAGCAGCGGAGUGGUUACCAGGCGCCCCCCAAGCAGACUAGGAAUCUGGCGCCCCCAAAGGACAUUGGUUACCAGGUGCCCCCCAAGGAGACUGGUUACCAGGUGCCCCCCAGGCAGCAGACUGGUUACCAGGUGCCCCCCAGGCAGCAGACUGGUUACCAGGUGCCCCCCAGGCAGCAGACUGGUUACCAGGGGCCCCCCAGGCAGCAGACUGGUUACCUGGUGCCCUCCAGACAGCAGACUGGUUACCAGGUGCCCCCCAGGCAGCAGACUGGUCACCCAGCGCCCCCCAAGCAACAGACUGGUCACCAGCUGCCCCCCAAGCAGCAGACUGGUCACCAGGGGCCCCCCAAGCAGCAGACUGGUCACCAGGGGCCCCCCAGGCAGCAGACUGGUCACCCGGCGCCCCCCAAGCAUCCAGUGUACCAGAUGACCUACAGGAUCCCGCCUGCUCAGAGCCUCUUGAAAGCUCCCAGGGCCAGCACCAUACGGUAUCUCCAUGAAUGACUUCUGCAGUCUGCAGCUUCCCGUCUGAAAAUAAACUGAUUCUUAAAAACUGUUUAGUCAUUGUCUUUGCUUCGGUUAAUAAGAAUUUCAGUGUCUUACCAUCGUUUUCUGUUUGGUAAUGAGGUUACAGGACAAUUGUCCACUGGACUUGUAUCCUUGUUGGUGGUUCUUGCUGGCUGGUUUAAGGCGGAUGGACACUUUCAGAAAAUCUGGCUCAGUAAUUGAAGCUCCUCAUCUUCUGAGGCAACCGCCUCCAUUUGCUCGAGAGCGACUGGAUACAUCACACCUCUAUCAUACUUGUUUGCAGGCUACACUUAAAAUAUCUAAAGGACAUUUUGCUCAUGCUCUGUGUGUACUUUAAGGAAUGAUGGCUUUCACAUGCCUCACUGGGUCCAAGAUGAGUACAGUUUCUCCAUUGACCUAGUGUGACGGUUUCAUUACAACCAUUUGUCCAGCCUUUUGGUACACCAUAUAGAUAUUUGCUGUUAGGCAUGAGUAUCCUGACUGCAGUACCAUGGACCACAAUGCGCAAAUAAAUCGAUGGCAAAAUUUGGAUGUCAACUAAGAUUGUACUUAACUUUUCUGUGCAUUUGCUUUGUAUGAUUUAAUGUUAAGCACUGCGAAUAUUUCAGAUUG